AUGAUCGAAGACCCCAACCCUGAUCAGGCGCCCAAGUUCGCCCCAUUCAUCGGAAUGGCUGGCAUCGCGGGCGCCAUGAUCUUCGGCUGCAUUGGUGCUGCAUACGGCACCGCAAAGUCCGGCAUCGGUAUCGCGGGCUGCCUCAUCCCCGUCGUCAUGUCCGGCAUCAUCGCCGUCUACGCGCUCGUCAUCUCCGUCCUCAUCGCCCAGGACCUGGUCCCUCCCAGCUCGGGCGGACACUACAGCUUAUUCGACGGCUUCAUGCACCUCGGCGCCGGUCUCUCUGUCGGCCUCACAGGUCUGGCGGCGGGCUACACGAUCGGUGUCGUCGGCGAUAAGGGCGUGCGCGCCUACAUGGAGCAGAGCCGCGUCUUUGUCGGCAUGGUCCUCAUCCUCAUUUUCGGCGAAGUCCUCGGUCUUUACGGUCUCAUUGUCGCCCUGAUCCUCAACACCCGAAGCUCGGGAUAG